AUGUUGACAAGAUACUUGUGCACGCACACUCACAAAACGACACGAUUAGCAUGUCAAAUUCAAAACAUUAUUAAUAUCCGAAGAAAUUUUCACUCAUCCUCCACGAUACAAUCCAAUUCCGAAAUAUUAACACAAAGAAAUACAAAUCAAAAUUUAGGAUCGGAGAAUGCCCAACCGCAAAUAACAUCAACACCAGAAACAUUAUCAACAACAAUACAACAAUCGGAACAAUCCAACAAUUCAUCAAAUAAUCAAGAACCAACAAGUAUGGAAGAAGAAUUGCAAAGGAUUAAAGAACUAGAAUCUGAACUCUAUGCAGGAAAACAAGCCAUGUCCAUGAUAUUUAGAGCUUCUGGAAGUAGUUUCGGUUUUAAAAAGAGAAGAGACGAAGAUGAAACACCGACAUCCAAUGUUCCUGUUUUAACACCUGAAGAACAAGCAAAGGCAAAACUUUUGGCAUACAAAUUAGCAUCCCUUGCCUUAAUGUAUGGAACGUUAAUUAACAUUGUUGGUGCUGUAGUAUUUAUUGCAAUGUUAUAUUUUAUUUUUGACAUUAAAACCACCAAAGAAUUUAAGGAUGUAAUUAUUAAAUUCAUAAGAGGGGAAGAAGCCUUAAAACAACACAAAGAAUUGGAAUCUAAGGAAUUAUCGUCUGACGAAGGAAUGCUUAAAUUGAAAGAUUUGUUUGACAAAACAAGAAGUUCUAAAGGCGAAAGUCAAUAA